AUGAGCAAUAAAAAGAUACCCUCAAAGAAAACCAAGAUCGCAAAGCAUAAAAAGAAAUCAAGAGGAGAGUUAGAUAAUCCAAAGUUUUUGAGCAAUAAAAAUGCCAUGUUGGAAUUGAUUGAACAAGCAGCUGGAAAAGAAGCAGAAAGAGAAAACAAAAAGCUUGCCAAAAGACUGCAAGUUGCCAAAAUAAUUGAAGAAAAGGAAGCACAAAAGGAGCAAAAGAAAGAAGAUAAGAAAGAGCAAUUGGAACAAGUGAAACGAGAGUAUCUCGAAUCCAAAAAGAAAAAGAAGGCUGAAUCAAGAAAACAAAAGAUAAAAACAAUGCGAGAAAAAGAAAAUCCUGUGGAAACAAAAAAGGCAAAGAAGGUCCGUUUUGCAUUGUAA